AUGCGCAAUUUCUUAUGGGGGGGAUCAGAUAAUGAAAAUAAAAUUGCUUGGGUGAAAUGGGCGGAUGUUUGUAAACCCAAGGAUCUAGGGGGGUUGGGUAUCAAGGAUCUUUUUGCUUUCAACAAAGCCUUGCUUGGGAAAUGGAGAUGGCGGUACUUGACGGAACCUGAUAGCCUCUGGAGGAGGGUUAUUAAGGCACAAUCUGAUGACUAUUCAUGUGCUUCAUCUUGGUGGAAUGACAUAAUGUCUGUAUACCCUGAAGAGGCGGAUGGUUGGUUCUCUUCGGGGUUGAAAAAACUGGUUGGGGAAGGAGAUCAGACUAAGUUCUGGUCUGAGGAUUGGCUUGGCUCAGGUAAAUCAUUUGGCGACCCCGGUGUGUGA